GUUUCGUUCUAUCGCUGUUUUUUAUAUAAACUUUUUCAGUUCUUCACAACAUACCAAUUUUUUUAUCUUUCGUAGUUUAAGUUGUUUUCUAUAUACCCAAUAAUAGUGUACUCGCUGUUUUUUAUAUAAACUUUUUCAGUUUUUCACAACUUUUUAUACACCAAUAAUUUAUGUUAUAUUUUGGUAUGUAUUGAAAGAAUAUUUUGGUAUUUAUGCAACUCCUACAACUACAUUCAUGGAGGUCAUAUUUUUUAUAUAAACUUUCUCAGUUCUUCACAACACAACCUCUUCCAUGUGAUCCAUCUUCUUUGCCAAAGUAUCCGCCAAGCAAGGAAUUUGAUUCCAAGAUGCGUGAUGAUGAAGUGAGACGGGGAAAGUGUGGGAUGCCUCCUCAUAUCAAUUGCAGUCAUUUAGUAAAGAUACGACUACCGCUAGGGGGAGCCAUUCCGUCAUAAUAUUUCAUAUGGUAUCAAAGCUAAAUGAUACCAUACGACCACGUCGUCGAUCGCAUCUUCGGCCUUCAGCGCGACUACUUCUCUGCCGCACAUCAACGCAGAGUCCUCGGCGUUCUCUUCCUCGGCGCCCACAAGCGUGGAGCAGCCAUCGUUCAGUCACCCCACGUCCUCAUGCGUGCAGGAGCAGACUGCUAUUCCCGCAUCCGCAAUUUACACGGCUCCAAGCCCUCAACUUUCAAGCUUCUCCUCAUUUCAGAUGCCGGAGCCUUUUACAUGGCAGCCGACCUUCAUGCCGUCUUCGUCGCCAGCCAGAAUUCCUAGCAGUACGUCCGGUUUCUCACCCACUGUUACUGGCCAGUUUGAUUUAGGCCCUACGUCGCUGCAGUCGCAUCCAUCAUUCCCUGCCGCAGGUAACUCUACUUCGUAUCUUUCAACUAUGGCCUCUCAAUUGACCUUCUCCACGCUAAACGUUACCAAUAUUGUCACAACUCGUUUGGCGUCGGUUCAGGAUUAUUUACCUUGGAAAACGCAGUUAGAAUCAUUUUUGAUCUCCCAUAGUUUGUUGGGUGCGUUGGAUGGUACAAUUCCUAUUCCUUCGCCGUUUAUUUUGGAUGCUAUGCGUAGGGAAAGUGUAAAUCCGGACUAUCAACAUUGGUUGAAAAUAGAUCAAACUGUCCGGUCAUGGCUUUUUGCUACUCUUUCUCGGGAUAUUUUGAUUGAUGUACAUGAACUCAAAUUCUCUCAUUUAAUUUGGGACCGUCUUAGAAACAAGUUCAUGUCUGCCAGCAUCGCACGGUCCAUGGAAGUUAAACGUCAACUUUCCACGAAGAAGAAAAAGCCCGGUCAAACCAUGGACCAAUAUCUUCGGGAAAUCAAGGUUGCCGCGGACUCCUUAGCGCUAAUCAACUCCCCGGUUAGCGACAAGGAACUCAUUGAAAUUGCUCUUCUUGGUCUUGAUCCGGAAUUUGAAUCCAUGCUAGGCGGGUUGUCAUAUAUGCCUUCUACAUUUACUUUUGAUCAACUGGGGCCUAUCUUAGUUAAACAGGGGCACAGGCUGCAAUACAUGCAUGGCACGGAUGCGGCUGCUACUCAUCACCAGGCUUUUGCAGCCCCUGGACAGCUCUCUGGCCAUUCCUCAGGCCGUCCGCAGCAGCAGCAGUUUACUGGCCGAGGAGGUACCCCAUCCCGGGGAGGUCGUGGUGGACGCGGCCAGCGCUCACAGCGAGGACAUCGGGGCCGUGGCAGGGGGUAUGGCUACCCCGGAUAUCCUGGACAGCAGGAUUAUCCACGAGGAUUUCCUUAUCAGUACCAGGACAUCAUGCAUCUUUUCAUCCGGGAGCACCCAGUGCAGGUUUCCCAUCAGUUGAUCACACUUUUGCAUCUCCCCCGCCCCCGGUUGUUUGUCAAUUAUGUUUCACACCUGGUCACUCCGCUAUCACUUGCUCCAAAUUCACUUCUGGAUCCUCUCCGGCACUAGCUGCUUUACCAACCGGUGAGACUAACGAGACGACUUGGUAUCCGGAUUCUGGUGCCUCAGCACAUAUGACACCAGCGGAAGGUAUUUUAAGUAAUAAAUCCACUCUUACUGUCCCCACUAAUGUGAAGGUCGCUAAUGGUACUAAUUUAUCUGUGUCUACUAUUGGCAAUGUUACUUUACCUUCCAUAGGUUGCCCGCUUCACUUAAACUCAGUAUAUCAUGUUCCUCACCUUAAAUUUAAUUUAUUGUCGAUUCAAAAGCUGUGUGAGGAUAAUGAUUGUACUGCUAUUUUUAACAAAUCUUCUUUUUUUGUAAAGGACAAUCACACGGGGCAACUCUACUCCACGCUUCCAAUAAGGAUAGGACUUAUCAAUUCACGCUCUCCUCCUCACCUUUGGCCCUUUUUACUUCCUCUGUCUCCGGUCCGGUAUGGCACAAACGAUUAGGUCAUUGUGGUGAUAGCGUAUUAUCUACUCUUCGGCACACACAUUUUAUUUUUCCUUCUAGUAAUUUUAAACAUUUAUGUACUUCUUGUAAACUUGGGAAAUCCCAUCGUCUACCUUUUCAGGAUGUUUUACAUACCGCUACUGCUCCUUUACAAUUAAUACAUUCUGAUGUCUGGCAGUCUCCUGUUUU